AUGGCGCUUACCAAUGGGAUAUACAUCGUGCAGGGCGAAAUCGCUCUGCUUGUGACAGCGAUGAGACGGACGUCACGCUACAGUGCUCAUUCAAGACACGGUAGACAUCAGGAAGAUGAAGGAGACAUACUACAGAGUUCUUUUUUCCAGUUGAAAGACAUACUUAAACAGCAUAACAGUGAGAUAGAACCCAAUGCAUUUUUGAGUCCUUUCUUGGAAGUGAUUCGUUCUGAAGACACCACAGGUCCCAUAACUGGCUUAGCUUUGACAUCAGUCAACAAGUUUUUGUCUUAUGGGCUUGUAGAUCCAUCUGGUGACAUGGCUGCUGCAGCAAUUGAGAAUAUAGCAGAUGCUGUGACACAUGCUAGAUUUGUGGGCACAGAUCCUUCUUCUGACGAAGUUAUUCUUAUGAAAAUACUUUACGUUUUACGUACUCUGCUGCUCUGCCCACCUGGAGUUCUUCUCACAAAUGAGUCUGUGUGUGAGAUCAUGCAGUCCUGUUUCAGAAUUUGCUUUGAGAUGAAACUGAGUGAGUUGUUAAGAAAGUCAGCAGAGAAUACCUUGAGAGACAUGGUUCAUCUUCUGUUCACAAGAUUACCAAUGUUCAAGGAAGAUCCAAAGUGGAUCACAAAUAUAAAUAAAAAGCUGAAAAUGCGAACUGGUGGUGUGGAUCCUGCCCGCAUGGGGAAACGAAGGAAAUCUCCAAAAACGAAGAGCAAGAGAUCCCAUGGGCCAUCACAAGCGUCAACCGAUUCACCUCAGUCACAGCCAACCAUUGCUGAGACCGCAGAAACUGUAGAAUUGGGUCCCGCAGAAGAUGAUAAACCACCAACUAUGGAAAGCUCAGUGUUUGAGCACAUUGUCUCAGAGUGUCUGGCCACAACACCGGGCUGUGGGAAAGAUAACAAUGUUAUAGAUAUAGCCAAGACUUUUGAGGUGGCCUCGGAUGCAGAAUCAUCAAAAGAAGAACCAGUGUCAAUUGUAGUCAAUGAGGAGGCAGCUGCAGAAGCUUUGAAAAGCAAUGAUCAAAAAGACAGCAUUGAGAAUGUAGAUGCUCAGGAAGUUCUGACGACAUCAAGCACAUCCCUAGGGGUAGACCCAGCUUUGAUGAGAAAAGCACACAGUGAAACAGAUCUGUAUGCCAGUGAGCAGGAGAUAUGCGAUGACAACGAGUCGGUGCACUCCACUGAUACCACCUCCACCCAGGAGAGUGAGUUCAUCAAUCCAAAAGGGGUUCGCUUCUUACAGCAGCAGCCGCAUGCUUAUGAAGUAGGCCCUGUCCAACUGAUCCCUUAUGGACUGCCCUGUGUGCGGGAGCUGUUCCGGUUUCUGGUGUCACUGACCAAUCCUCUUGACCGACACAACACAGAUGUGAUGAUCCAUAUGGGACUGAGUUUGUUGAUUGUUGCCCUGGAGACAGCAGCAGAUCAGAUCAGUUGCUACAGUUCUCUUCUCUACCUGGUGAAGGAUGAGCUCAGCCGUAAUCUGUCUGUGUUAUUACAGUCUGAACGUCUGUCCUUAUUUGCUGCUUCACUUAGACUGAGCUUCCUCUUGUUUGAAUCUAUGAGGUCACAUCUCAAAUUUCAGUUAGAGAGCUAUCUGCUGCGGCUGUGUGACCUGAUAGUCUCCGACAGCAUGAAGAUCACCUAUGAUCACAGAGAAAUCACUCUUGACCUCAUUGUACAGUUGUGGAGGAUCCCUGGUUUGGUGACAGAGUUGUAUUUGAACUAUGACUGUGACCUGUAUUGCUCCAAUCUCUUUGAUGACAUGACCAAACUUCUCUCUAAGAAUGCAUUUCCAGUUUCUGGGCUGUACACAAUUCACCUGUUGUCACUCGAUGCCCUGAUAACCGUGAUUGAUGGUAUUGAGCAGCACUGCCAGAGCAAAAAUCUGGCCAAAACUAUUGCUGUAUCUGCAGAUAAUGCCAGCAGUGCAAAAACUGUGGAUGGCCAGUCAGAUUCCCUCAAGGCAAUCAAAGGCAAGGAAGCAAGGAAAGGGCCUGUCAUUAAACCCAAUCGCAUGGUCAAAUUCUCUAACAAGAUACCCACGCGGGAAGAGCUGGCAGAGCUGAAACAGAAGAAAAAGAUAUAUCAGAUCGGAACAGAGCAGUUUAAUGUGAAGCCUUCCAAGGGACUUCAAUAUCUACAGGAACAAGGCUUGCUUUCAAAACCAUUAAACCCAGCUGAGGUGGUCACGUUUCUGAAGGAGAAUCACAGGCUGGACAAAAAAAUGAUUGGGGAAUACAUCAGUAGCAAGAACAAUAGGGAGGUGCUGGAAGCAUAUGUCCAGUCUUUCAAUUUCGAAGACACCCGGAUUGAUGAAGCUCUCCGCAUAUACCUGGAGUCAUUCCGUAUGCCAGGCGAAGCACCAGUUAUUUCCUGGUUGAUGGAGCACUUUGCAGAACACUGGCAUAAAAGCAACGGAGAACCAUUCCACAAUGUCGAUGCAGCUUUCACCUUGACCUAUGCAGUGAUAAUGCUAAAUGUGGACCAGCACAAUCACAAUGCCAAGAAACAGAACAUCCCAAUGACUGUUGAGGAUUUCAAGCGAAAUGUGUCCAGAGUCAAUGGUGGUUUAGACUUUGAUCAAGAUAUGCUGCAAGAUAUUUUUCAAGCAAUAAAGAGCGAAGAGAUUGUGAUGCCUGCGGAGCACAGUGGUCUAGUCAAGGAUAAUUAUCUUUGGAAGGUUCUGUUGCACAGAGGAGGUUCCAAAGAAGGAGUGUUCCUGCAUGCCCCCACAGAUGCAUUUGAUCACGAAAUCUUCACCCUCGUCUGGGGUCCAACUGUCGCAGCGCUGUCAUUUGUGUUUGAUAAAAGCUCCGAUGAAACUGUUAUUCAGAAGGCUGUUUCAGGAUUCAGGAAGUGUGCCAUGAUCUCCGCAUAUUAUGGCAUGAGUGAUGUCUUUGACAACCUGGUGAUCUCCCUGUGUAAAUUUACAACGUUGCUCAGUGCUGUCGAGAAUCCAGAAUACAUACCUGCAUCAUUUGGCAGCAAUCUAAAGGCUCAGCUAGCAGCCAGGACAGUGUUUGGAUUGGCACAUCGUCAUGGUGACAUACUGCGCGAGGGCUGGAAGAACAUCUUGGACUGUAUGUUGCAGUUACAUAGAGCCAAAUUGUUGCCAAAGUCAAUGAUAGAGGUGGAAGACUUUGUCGAUGCAACAGGAAAAAUUUCUAUUUUACGAGAGGAGUCAGCAGCAUUGACAAGGUCAGAGACUGGAGUCUUGAGCAGCUUUGUGUCUUACUUCUCUCUAUCGGAGUCAUCCAGCGUCAAGGGACCCACUCUAGAGGAACUCGAAGCAGGCAAGGUGGCGGCAGCUUGUGUUCGAGACUGCCAGCUGGAUCAGCUAAUCCUGGACAGCAAGUUCCUUAGAGAGGAUUCUUUGCAAGAACUUAUUAAGACAUUGGUGUCAAUCAGACAAGGAACAGAGGAUCAAAGCUCUCUAAAUGGGCACUAUGAUGAGGAUGCUUGUGUCUUUUUCCUGGAGUUGCUAGUUCGAGUGGUUCUUCAGAAUAGAGAUCGGAUAGCUCCAGUAUGGCAGGCGGUUCACUACCAUUUGUACAACACUAUAGUGAACAGUUCUAGUCAUUCUUUUCUUCUGGAAAGAUCUGUUGUUGGAUUAAUUCGCAUCGCCAUCCGGCUUCUACGAAGAGAAGAGAAUGCAGUUCAAGUUUUGUCCUCCCUCCGAAUUCUUCUCAUGAUGAAGCCAGCUGUGAUUCAUAGUGUCAGCAGACAGAUCUGUUAUGGACUCCACGACCUUUUGAGAACGAAUGCCGCCAAUAUCCACUCCAGCCAAGACUGGUACACCUUGUUUACCCUGCUGGAAGUAGCUGGGGCCGGUGCCAAUCUACCUCCGGUCUUGCAGGUUCGUCCAGAUAUGGAUGUCACUGAAGUUAUCAACGAUGCAGGUGCUCAGAGCGACAGUGAGAUUCAGGAUGCGAGCACUGUCUCAGAAGUCAGUGACAGAGGCUACACGUCCGACAGUGAGCUCUAUGAGGGGCAGAACCGCCAGAGGCAGCAGGGCCAUCACCAUCAUCCGGUGGGACUUGAACUGAGGCCAGUUCCGGAUAAUGGCAGCUGGAUGAUGGUCAGUAGAGAAUAUCACCCUAGCAGAAUGCCAGUCAACCAGUACAGUAUAGACCUCAAUGAGAAGCUGCUGUUCCCAGACAGCCGGGCUCUGUUGAAGGCUUCUGAAACCCUGACAUUCUUGGUUCGUGAUGCUGCUCAUGUGACCCCACAUAACUUUGAGAGUUGUGUACACUGUAUACGGACAUUUGUGGAGGCAGGAGUCAAUGGAGGACGUUGCCAUUCAGCCACUCCUCGAGGAGGUUCUGUGAGAGAGAAACAGGGAAGAAAGAAGGUGAAGAAAGAGAAGGCUGGGGUGAGAAUGGGGAAGUCAUCAUCCACCCCUGAGCAACUACAUGAUGGACUGCACUCAGAUGAAGAUCUCGAUGGAGAAGCCACACAAAGCAGCUUGCAGAUGCUGUCCAUACAGCUGCUUGAUCUCAUGCAUACACUGCACACAAGAGCUGCAUCCAUCUUUAGUUCCUGGGCCCAGGAGGAAGAAGACGGGGCCGGCAAAAAGUCCACACCAGCAAUAGAAAGUGGCAGUAGUUACAACAGUGUUGGUGGGAUUGUGGCCCUGCCAAAGGUCAACAGUCAAGGGAAGCUGGUUGCGUCUGAAGUAACCUCUUUGUGGGGGAAAUGUUGGUGCCCUCUUUUGCAAGGAAUUGCAAGACUGUGCUGUGAUUCAAGGAGGCAGGUGAGAAGCCAAGCAUUAACUUACCUGCAAAGAGCUCUUCUGGUCCAUGACCUGCAAACUCUGACAGCGAUGGAGUGGGAGUCCUGCUUCAACAAGAUGCUGUUUCCUCUGUUGACCAAGCUGCUUGAGAACAUCAAUCCCAACGACCCAGCAGGAAUGGAAGAGACAAGAAUGAGAGCUUCCACUUUGCUCUGCAAG